CAGCAUCAGGAGAAGCACACUGAGCUACAAUGCAAGCGCAUGAGUUGUUCAGAAGUCUGCGGAUGCCGGAGCUUGGGGACGUCAGGCAGUACGUGCGCACCCUCCCAACAAACACGCUGAUGGGCUUCGGAGCUUUCGCAGCUCUCACUACCUACUGGUAUGCAACGAGACCUAAGGCUCUGAAACCACCAUGUGAUUUAGCAAUGCAGUCUGUGGAAGUAGAGGGUACUGAGCACGCUCGAAGGUCCUCCCUCCUUAAGAACGAUGAACUUCUGAUUUACUAUUAUGAUGACGUGAGAACAGCUUAUGAUAUCUUCCAAAGGGGUGUGCAUGUAUCAAAUAAUGGUCCCUGUCUGGGCUCUAGAAAGCCAAACCAGCCCUAUGAGUGGAUCUCCUAUAAAGAGGCUUCAGACAAAGCAGAGUGUGUGGGCUCAGCAUUGCUUUACCGAGGUUUUAAACCAUCAUCUCAAGCUCAGUAUGUUGGAAUUUUUGCACAAAACAGACCUGAGUGGGUCAUCAUCGAACAGGGAUGCUACACGUACUCCUUGGUGGUAGUGCCCCUCUAUGACACACUGGGAAGUGAAGCUAUUACUUACAUUGUGAACAAAGCUGACUUGUCAUUGGUUUUCUGUGACAAACCCGACAAGGCCAAGCUUCUGCUAACCAGUGUGGAAAAGGGGGAAACUCCAGUCCUCAACACCAUCGUUAUCAUGGAGCCUUUUGGCAUAGAUCUUGUGGAACGUGGCAAAAAGUGUGGGGUGGAAGUCUUCAGCAUGGGACAAAUAGUGGAGCUGGGAAGAGCACACAGGCAAAAACCUAUGCCUCCAAAGCCAGAAGAUCUAGCAGUGAUCUGUUUCACCAGUGGAACGACAGGAAACCCCAAAGGAGCUAUGAUAACUCAUCAAAAUAUAGUCAGCAAUACUUCAGCUUUUGUGAAAGCUACAGAGAAAGUAUUCAUACCUUCCACUGAUGACACUCUGAUCUCAUUCCUGCCCUUGGCUCAUAUGUUUGAAAGAAUUGUUGAGGUAGGCAUCAACUUGUUCUACAGAACUCCUGAAAUUUAUUUUUUCUUGCAGAAUGCAUUGUUAUUGGGUCCCAGUGACACACACUAUUCCUUUUUGCCUCUUGCACAUAUGUUUGAAAGGUUGGUUGAGUGUGUGGUUCUGUGCCACGGAGCUCGGAUAGGAUUCUUCCAAGGGGACAUCAGACUACUUAUGGAUGACCUAAAAACACUGCAGCCAACUGUAUUUCCUGUAGUACCGCGACUGUUGAACAGAAUGUUUGACAAGAUUUUUGGACAGGCAAAUACAUCACUGAAGAGGUGGAUGCUGGAUUUUGCUUCAAAGAGGAAAGAAGCAGAACUCAGAAGUGGUAUAAUAAGAAAUAACAGUUUCUGGGAUAAAUUUAUCUUCCGCAAAAUACAGGCAAGUUUGGGAGGAAAAGUAAGGCUGAUGGUCACGGGAGCAGCACCUGUAUCUGCAAGUGUCCUGACCUUCCUAAGAACAGCUCUUGGUUGUCAGUUUUACGAAGGUUACGGACAGACUGAAUGUACAGCUGGAUGUUCACUGUCACUGCCUGGUGACUGGACUGCAGGUCAUGUUGGAGCACCGAUGCCAUGUAAUAUCAUAAARCUUGUCGAUGUAGAAGAAAUGAAUUAUUUGGCUGCCAAAGGAGAGGGUGAGGUGUGUGUGAAAGGGCCAAACGUCUUUUGUGGUUAUUUGAAAGAUCCAGAGAAAACAGCAGAGGCUAUCGACAAAGACGGCUGGCUUCACACAGGAGAUAUUGGGAAAUGGCUACCUAAUGGUACACUGAAGAUCAUUGACCGGAAAAAACACAUAUUUAAACUGGCCCAGGGAGAGUACAUAGCACCAGAGAAAAUAGAGAACGUGUAUCUGAGAAGUGAACCUCUUGCUCAGGUGUUUGUCCACGGAGAGAGCCUGCAGGCCUUCUUAAUAGCUAUUGUGGUGCCCGAUCCAGAGACUUUGAGCAUUUGGGCCAAGAAAAGGGGAUUUGAAGGUUCAUAUGAAGAGCUAUGCAAAAACAAGGACCUCAAAAAACUCAUUCUGGAAGACAUGGUGAGAAUUGGGAAAGAAUCUGGCUUGAAAUCAUUUGAACAGGUCAAAGACAUUGCCCUACAUGCAGAAAUGUUUUCCAUUGAAAAUGGCCUGCUGACACCAACACUGAAGGCCAAGAGACCAGAACUACGAAAAUAUUUCAAGUCACAGAUAGAUGAACUCUAUGCUAAUGCCAAAAUGUAACUGAGAAUGGAUCGAGGAAAGUGGCACACAUCUGAUGUCUACUGUUGACCUUCAUAUCUGUAAUUUGACUACAGCAAAYAUAAGGAAGGAAACUGUGCAAUCAUUAACUUGUACAAUAAUGGGUACUUGCCAUAGGAACAUUGAAGAAAUGGAACACUGCCUUACUGUCAAGUUGUGUUGCAUAUUGUUUUUAUGGUGACCUACAAUUUCCAAAAAGAGCCUUAACUAUAAAUGGUAACUAUGUGUAAGUUAUUUAAGAUUUACUUGGCCAAAAAUGGGACUCUCCUUAACCAAGGAGCUAAGGUAUUCUUUUAUUAUUAUUGCCAGCAUGUUUGCUGUCUGCARUGUAUCUUGCGGUUGUCAAGUCCAAACGGAUUUGGUAGGUUUGAAAACACCUCUAAGUAUCUUGUACCCUGGGAAGGAGGAGUUAGUCUGCCAAAACACCGUUGUAUGGSUGGUAUCACAUCUUGCAUUAGCCCGAAUACUAACUGGGACAAGGUGUCAGAGUGACUUUCUCCCUUUUGUGYCCCCAGCCACGAGUUUUGAGGCUUACUUUUGUAAGGUAGAAGUUGGAACUUCGCUCAAAAGAGACAGGUUCUUGCAAGUUCUCCGGAGUAAGUCUGCAUUGGGUUUUCCUGCACUAGAAGUGUGGAUGCAGUUAAUUAAGCGAUGCAGCCUUUGCUACAUUAACACAGUUCCAGAGAGAUGCCAGCCCCGUAACUGAACAGAUCCUAACUCUGGCAAGAAAACUAGAGAUCUAAAAAUAAACCAUUCAAGAGGAUGGGCUAUGCUAACAGUCAGGUAAACAUGCACCAGGUCUAGCCACUAUUCCCCUGCAAUGAACAUACAUUUAAAUUGUGUUGUUUUAAAUGUGUCAGGUUCUYUAUAAGCAGAAUAGUUUCUGAUGCAACCUGAGGUUUUCUGUGCAUAAUGAGCCACUGAGGGUUCUUCAAUGAAAUGGGCCAGGUGGAAUGUCUGUUUCUGCCUGGUGCUUUUACAGCAAUUGGAAGCAAUUAAAAAAAUGCUGAUGGAAUUGUGUGGUGCAGGAUCGUGAUUUGUUCAGGGAUUAAAGACUAAAUUCCCAGAUUAAAUAUAAAAUUACUAGUCUACCUUUUGUUUGAGAAUCAGCAGA